AUGACCAUCGUGAAAAGCAAUACAACAGACGCCACAAACCCUGCGGACAACGCGAAAUCACCUCUAUCCUCAUCAUCAUCGUCCUCCUCAUCUUCCGACUCAGACGAUGGUUCCGAUUCGUCCAGUGAUUCCGAUUCUUCCUCGGCAUCUACGAGCAAGACGAGCAGUAAGCAGAGCAGUGGAGGAGGUGUCCCACCAGAAAAGCUCCAACAGUUUAGUGUUAUGAGUUCCGAUAGUGCCGGACUUCGAAUGAAAAUAGCUAUUCCUCGAAGCCAGUCCAAUGCGACACCAACGCCUUCACCAACGUCGCUAGGAUCCAACCAGCAGCAGCUGAUGCAACAAGAUCUUCCGUCACCGUCUGCAGCUGAUCGAAGAGGGAAAAAUGUAGAAAAUCCCCCAAGCGAAGGAUCUGCAGCAACGUCCGCGCAACAGCUGCCACUUACCGGAGCCACUGGCAGCACGAGCGAUUCCUUCAAGCAGGGCAAUGCAAAAAAAGGAUCCAACCCUAAUGGGAAGAGUGCCAUGGUGGAGGGUUCAAGCCAAGGAAGAACGUCGUCCACCCAACAAGUGUCUGGCGAAGGUCGUAAAACAAUGACAACAGCGGCAGCGCUAAAGCAAGGUAGAAUGUCUGAUAACAGGGUACACGAGCGAGCAAGAACAUCGCAUACAAAGUCCAACAAACGUUCCUCCUCGGGAAAUGGGAGUAGUGCGAGUCGGACGAAGAAAAGUGUUAGCGAAAGUGAUUCCAGUUCACCCAGCUCGUCCUUCUCAUCCUGCACGAGUAACAGCGAUAGCGAUUCGAGUAGCACCGCUGGUGACAAUAGCAAUCAUAAUCCAAGCGAUAAAUCUAAGCCAACGACAGGUCGAACGGCCACCAACGCAAGGACGACGACGGCAACGGCUGGAAAUGUCAUCGGCGCUGGCAAAAAGCAAAAAAUUCUCAAACGAAAAAAGGCAAAUCGGACUAUUACUUCCAGCAGUAGCGAUGAAGAGGACGAAGACGAAAUGCCGAUUGGCCGUAGUGGUAGUAAAAGUGCGAGUCGCACCAACGAAUUCACUACGUCCGACUCUAGCUCUUCCGACGAGGGUGGAAAAGGGUUGUCUGCUCUACGAGCGAAAGGGAAGAGUGCGCAAACCAAGCUGCCUGGUGUACCAGCCUCCGCCAAAAGUGGUACAUUGUCCAGUAAAGAAGAUGGUCUUUUGACGAUGGCAACAUCAGGAGGGACGGGUUUGUUACUUAACAGGCCCCCGCUAUCGACAUCAACGCCAGCAAAACAGCACGGAGUCGUUCCGCCCUCGCUCGGUGGCGGUACAUCAACGGCAGGAGGAGACGGAGGACUUACGGCUGAAGGUGGUUCGUGCUCUAGCGACAAUGAUCUACCGGCGCUAGUCAGUGCGGCGAUCCGCCGCGUUGAAAGUGGAUCCGAUGCGGAAAGCAUCCGUGGAUUGUCCGCUCCAACGCAACAGUACACAUCCAGCCUUUUGCGUGACUUUGUGGUGAAAACACAAAUGCUUGGCUCUGUUGGAGGAAAUGGAGCAAUUGCAGGUGUCGCAGGAGGCACUGCCGCCAACAGUGCCGUAAAUGCAAGUGGCAUUGAAGGUGGUAAUGGUGGCGCUUCGCCAUCUUCCUCAUCGUCAUCAUCAUCGUCGUCGGGAUCCACGUCUUCUUCGUCAUCUUCAUCGAUGGAGGAAGGAGCAGAUCCAGUGAUAGGAAGUGCUGGUCCUGGACCGGGAGGUGGUGGACCAUUUCAAAUAGAUGUUCGUAAAAUUAAGACUGAAUCUCCCAUAAUUUCAACGGCCCCGAGUACUUCCGCCGGUCGAAACGCAUCACUUGUAAAUGGGCUUAUUGCGGGCAUGAAAGCCGAUGCACAGAUACCAGCGGCACCUAUCGUGAAACGUCGUGGACGUCCUCCAAAAUCUAGUUUAACAAACGCCGCAGCUCCUGCAGUUGGCACACGACCAUCAGUUUCUUCUAGAUCAGUUUCCAUUCCGACCGUCAUUGAAUCACCCGAUUCAGGAAUUCUUUCCACGCACAGCUCUACCGGUUCGCCUAAAACUGACAAAACUAGACCCAAUUUACACCUGAGAUCUAACCUGGGCACGGGAAGUUUAUCCUCAACCCGUCGCAGCAAAUCAGAAGUGCGUGGGGGAGAUUCGCCUGGAUUGAAUGCCAUACUACCCGCCAGUGGAUCGCCAUAUGGUGGAAACGCGCUAUCUGCUCCAACUGGUGUCGGAGGUACUAGUCGAACGUCAGCCACGGCAUAUUCACUUUCCUCGUGCCUAGAUCGAAACACGUACGCAACCGAGCGAGUUCUUUAUCCACCGCGAGGACCUAAGAAACGGGGUGUUGGUAGACCUCCUAAGAAAGAUACCGCGCAGCAACAACAAUCAUCUUCUGGAAGGGGGUCCGUAAAUGGACCGCAAGCAGGUACUGCUUCACAGUUGUCGGAAGAUCGGCUUGAUCCUCACUGGCAAAAGAUAGAUAUCAGCAAAAAGUUCCAUGAACCACGACUCAGCGGUUACAAAAGUGAUGGUGGACAUUCAACAAUCUGUUGCAGCAAGCGACUCGCCUCACAAAGUGGUUACAUUAGUGAUUACGGUGGUGUGGGAGCUAACAGUGGGCGCAGUCGUCUUUCGGGUUACAAAUCGGACUACAGUUCACGAUCGAGACGUAGCUGUAGCCGUGGUGCAGGCUACCGGAGUGACUACGGAAGGGCGAAAAGCUGUGGCUAUCGAAGUGACUGCAGUACACGGCACCGGAAGCAGGUUAGGCGGAAACGGCGCAAGAAAAUUGGAAACCAGCAACAGCAACACGAACAACAUCACAACAAUAAUCUCAACGAUCGAAAGAAUUAUAACGCGUCUAGCGAUGGUGGAGGAGGUGGUAGUACAAAAUCGGCAAGUGUUGGUGAGUUGGAAAUCAUGUUCAUGGCCGGACUGACACUGGGGAGUACAAGCGAUGAAGAUAGCAGCAGUACCAGUAGCAGCACAAGCAGCAGCAGUGCUGAAAGUCGCGAGAGCUUAUUUUCGGACAAUUCGGGAAUUGAUCGUCCAGCAGUGAGUUCGGUGGACAAAGCUAAACGAGUAACGCCUGAAAAGGGGCGAAAAGGUAGUACGAAACAGCUAGAUAAACCGACAACUAAGAUGCAGCGAGCACCGCGUAAACCGACACCGCCGAAAACGGUUGCCAAAGGGCGCGUGAUGAAAGCUUCGGAACGAUCCGGAGUUCGUGGCAGCAAAAGCAUAUCCACUCCAACGAUCGAUCGGCGAAGGAAAUCUAAUCAUGUAAAAGACAGCAAGGAAGACGAACAUUCAGAUGACGAUGUGGUGGAUCGACGAUUUGGGGAUCGAGGCCGCUCCAAACCAUCGCAAGCGACUGUGAAGGAACCGCCACCUCUGCCACCUAAACCAUCAAUUGCUGCAACGGCUUCAGUGGCUCUCAAACAAAAGUCGUCAGCAAUGAUAAAGAAACCGGGCACCCGAGGUCGUCCGCCGUCUGUGAAAAAACAGCCAGGAGGAACUGGCUCUGGCAGUAACACCGCAUCGUCCAGUAAAUCGCUCGGGAGUUUGAAUGCUUUACUCGCUCCGAAGAAUCGCGCCACGCUUGUGCUUCCCACGAACAACUUCGAUCGAGUGUUUGCUUCAAUGAGCAAUAAGCAGCAGCCAUCUGGAUCGGCCAAUGAGUCUAAAUCGGCCAUCUACACGUUCUCCAGCUCGACUGUGGGCUCAAAAAACGCUUUCGCGACGUUUUUACAGCGUGGCGCAGCGGAGGGUGCCUCAAAAGACGACAACGAUGAAAAUAGAAAGUUGAUGGCGGUGAAGAAGCUUCCCCUGUCGAAGGCAAACGUGAUCAAAAACUCGGAGGAGUGUAAUCGCAGAUUUCAAAAGUCCAGCUCUUCGUUUGCGUUAACCGUCGGUGGAGGUGUUGGUGGCAUUGCCGGAUCGGUUGAUCUGUUGGCGCGAAUUGCGGAUGGAACCAUACCGAAAGCGUCACCAACUAAAUCGGUCUGUUCGAAACGUAGCCGCAGGAAAAGUUGUACCAGCGAUCGUUUGGAGGUGAUGUCGGUGAAAAGCUACGGGGUGAUUGGAAGCUGCGGUAAGAUCAGGCAGAGACGGUUGAGUACGAUGAGCCGGUGCAGUAGCCGAUCGGCUGGAUCGAGACAUGCUGCGGCCAGAAUGAAGCGACGCAAGAAACGGUUACGUUCGAUGUCUGUCGCACCAGGUGCAACGUCGGAUAUGCUUAACGCAGGAGGAGCUGCCAGUUCGUCGGGAGUGGAUUUAAAGUUCAAUGUCGAGAUCGAUCGGUUGAGCGAAAGUUUCAGUGGCAUGUGUCGUAUCAUUGGUGGACCGGAUGAUACGGGAACCUCAUCAGGUGGCCGAUCGGUGAGCUCGCCAGAGGAAACGACAUCGGCAAACGUUCCUUCAGUGGCAGCGCCGUCCGGCAAAGCACAUCAAACGAAGCGAUCGGUAAAGAAAAGGAAAGCUUCGGAACAUGUUACCGACUCUCCAUCAGCGACGGGUGGAGGAAAUGCAAUGGGAAGUGGUGGAGCCGGUGGAACAGCAGGAAAUGGAGGAGGCGGAGGUGGAGGAACGGGUAAACGACGUAACAAAAAAUCGGUACCAACGCAGAGUCCUGAUGAUCAUAAGCUUCCACUGAAGAAACGCCACUACUUGCUGACACCCGGCGAGAAAGGUAACAAUAGUGAUAAUAACAGCGGAGUGGACGAAGUUAAAUCAACGGGUGGCGGAAGUGGUGGUAGUAGUGGCACUGGGCUAGGAGCUGCUGGUUCCGGUAGCGGUUCUACCAAUUCUAGCUUUACCGGUAGUCACACGGUGUUGAAUCCGUGUGCUUUUACCAGUGGUCGAUUAUCGGUCAACUCUGCGGCAGCUGGUUCGGCCGUGUCAGGAGUAGCUACCAAGGCUGUAACACCGAAAAAACGCCACCUAUUGAAGUCACCUGAACCUGGUCCCGUUCCGACCGACACCGAACUACAGCUGCAGCAGAUAAAAUCGAGCAAUUCUCCACUAACGAUCGUCAACGGAGGGAUCGCAGGAACAGCUGGAGAUAUCGGAAGUUCACCGCCCGAAGGACCAACGGUUGGAAGAAAGGGAAUUGCAGAGUUCGUCACUAGUGGUAGUCCGUCCAGUGGUAUUGGUCAUUCUACUACCGGUACGGGUGGAAGCAAAAAGAAGCAUAAUCGCCAACAGGAAGCAUCAGGAACUUUGAGCCACACCGGAACGACUGAGAGCUCUGCUGGAGCCCAUCAUCAUCAUCAUCAUCAUCAUCAUUAUCACCACCAUCGUUCGACACCACCGGCACGACCGUCUGUCAUACAAUCGUCUGCAUCCGUACUCCCAACAGGUUCCGGUGGGUUCACUUCAACCUCUUCCGGUCCACCGCCGGGUGUGUUCGAACCAACGGUAGAUCUGGAACUCGUGAUACCUCCUCCCACGUCGAUACCAUCUCUCAUUGCCAAAGUGGAGAUGCUAGAUUCGCCCCGUCUUGGCAAAGAAUCGGCCAGUGCCAUCGGAUCUGGCAAUAUCACAACCAAGCUCGAAUCUGACGAAAUUCAAGUGCUAACUGCUGCGCAGCGUAAAGGUUUGGUUGGAGGAAGUGGGGUACUUGCAACCGUUACCCCCGCGACAGCUUCUUCCGAGAAGGUGCUGGAAAAGUUGCUCACCAAAACGGGCGCUCAUCAUUUGCUGCUGAAGAAAAAGCGCAAGAAACCAAACCGAACCGGCUUCCCAACGGUGAAGAAAAAGAAAAAGAAAACACCGGAAAGUGAUCAAUUGGACGCUGCGUUGUCGGUGAUCGAUUUAAAGCCGGAAGUCGGACCGGACCUGUUCGAUUCAUCCAACCUGACGCGCCAUGUUCCGUCCGAAGCGGAAAAGACGCGCAUGAAGGAAAAGCACCAAACGUCCACCGGCAAAAGCGCAUCGUGUGAUCGCGUCCCAAAGGAAGGUGAACCGACGGAUAGCUUCAUUGAGCGCCAUUCGAGCGUUGGGAGGCCUCGUCUGUCGGUAGUGAGUUUGGAGAAGCUGCAGGGAAAACUGCCACUUGCAGCAGGAACACGUGAUGUGGCAACAACUCCACCCGCAACUGGUGGUCGUGGUAGAAAAUCGGUAAUAAAUCCACUCGCACCCGAACACCAGCUGAUGCAUCGUUCGCAGGAACGAGGCCGUAAAGAUGACUCCGCACCGGUUGGUACAGGCCGCAAAGGAAAGAGAAAGUAUGAAGUGCAAAAAGCACCACCGGACAGUGGUAGUAAGCGUAAAGGAGCUGUGACAGAAGUAGAUAAUCGUUCGGCGAAGGAACGCAAUCGCAGCAAGAGCGUGUCGGCGUCGGUGGAACAGCAACAGCUACCAAACAUCAUGCGAUUAAGUGAGAGCCUGUCGAAGGGUGCAGCUAAAGAAAACAAAGAAAACAGUAAGUUAUCUUCCGGGCGGCCUCCAUCAGCGGUCGGGAAGAAAUCAAGCAAAGAAUCUUCGGCGAGCAAUGAUACGUCUCCGGAGGGUGAUAGCGCGGGGGCCAUUCGGCGUACUCGCAGCUCUUCGGUAGCACUUGAUCCGUCGGAGGUGAAAAAAAUACAUCAAGAUGCGGAUGAUUCCGUCGGGAAAGGAACGUCCCAGUCGAGUACACCGGUACGAUUGCAUUCGUGGGCCGUUGCUGGCAUGCAUAACGAGGAUUCGACGUCGCUGGAUUCAAUGCCACUGUUGAAGCGUAUCCAUUCGCGGUCAAUCUCACGAUUGCAGUCGGUGACAACGCCGACCGUAUUGCUGGAACCGUUGGCAACUUCUCCUAAAACUCCCGGACGUCCGAGAGGUCGGCCGCGAACAACUUCACCCAUCACGGCAACGGAAACGCCAAAUUCUCCCACCACUGUACGUGGUCGUCCACGGACAGCGCUGGCAAUCACCGGCAAUACUUCAGUUGCGUCCACCGAGCGUGUUUCGUCGUCUCCGCUCAGAUCACCGACGGCAAGCCCGACUGUUGGCGCUGUAGGUGUUGGUGCAGUAGCAGGCAGAAAGAAACAAAAACGAGAUGGUCGCAAAUCCGUUCCUCCUGUUAUUGCAGAACCGAUCGAAAGCGCUCAUCUGGCGCCGAGAGUAAGCGCUUCAAAGUCUGUUACACCGACACCACCAGUAGGGACUGUAAUUCCUGCACGAUUGAAACGUGGGAAAAGCGAUGAAAUUUUACGUUCUCAGCAGCACGAAAAACCUGCUAAGAAGGUUAAAAAAGAUAAUUCCGUUUCCGUAGAACCAUCGCCCGAAACGGUGCAUCCCGUGUCGAAGCGACACCCAAUCACAUCACCGAUCGUGGAACCAGUCGAGCCAGAGGAAACAGCACAUAUCCUUAAGCCAGCUAGCUCGACCGAAGAACUAGAACACGAUCCGCUUCCACCGGAUGAAGGACCAUCGGACUUCCUGCGGUUAACCGACACUCCAUCGCCAACUUCUUCCGGCGAAACGCGUGAAUUACCUUCGGGGUCGGGAGGACGUGUGACGAGCAAAAAGCUACCUCGCAAGAAAUACAUUACAGCGGGCCUGUUCUCCGAUUGCUACAAGGAUGAUGGUACCGGUGGAGAAGGUCGUUCGGGACCGAAAGCGCCACCGGAAACGCUACUUCCUCCACCAGCCUAUUGCGAGCGCUUUUUGCGACGUACAGUGCGUGACUUUCAGCUACCGUACGAUCUUUGGUGGCUACAGGAGAACGGGAAACUUCCGGGUCGAAACUCUGUACCCAGUUGGAACUACCGGAAAAUUCGCACCAACGUGUACUACGACGUGAAACCGAAUCCAUCGACGGACAACCCACAAUGCAAUUGCAAACCGGACAGUGGCUGUCAGGACGAUUGUCUCAAUCGCAUGGUAUACACUGAAUGUGUACCGGAGCACUGUCCGUGUGGUGAUCGCUGCAGGAAUACUAGCAUUCAGCGCCAUGAGUACGCCCCUGGACUAGAACGGUUCAUGACGGAGGAAAAGGGAUGGGGUAUACGGUCGCGAGAACCCAUAAUAAAGGGUACUUUCAUAAUGGAGUAUCUCGGUGAGGUAGUGACGGAACGCGAGUUCAAGGAGCGUAUGCGAACGCUGUAUUUGAAUGACACUCAUCACUACUGCCUGAACCUGGACGGAGGAUUGGUGAUUGAUGGUCAUCGGAUGGGGAGUGAUUGCCGGUUUGUGAACCAUUCCUGUGCCCCAAACUGUGAAAUGCAAAAGUGGUCCGUAAAUGGGUUGUUCCGGAUGGCACUGUUCGCCCUGCGUGACAUUCUGCCGAACGAGGAGUUAAGUUAUGACUACAAUUUCAGCCUGUUCAACCCUUCCGAGGGACAACCAUGUCGCUGUGGUUCGGAACAGUGCCGUGGUGUAAUUGGGGGGAAAUCGCAACGCAUCAAACCCAUUCCGCUCGGUUCGUCCAACGGCAGUGCGGGACACCGCAAUCCAUCCGAGGCCGGUACCGAUACGGACCCCAGCAAGUCGGGCGCAUCUGAUGGAUCUGCUGGUGCAAAUGGACCGGGAAGUGGUAGCGGACUGGUGGUCGAGCUGAGUCCUCGUAGUGCGGCCCGUUCGCGCAAACGACAAGCGAAGAAAAAUCAGCCGAUUGUGCAUCUUAACGGCACACCUUUACCGACAUUCCAUCCGCCAACGGUUAAGGAACGUGCUCUGAUAGCCGAACAUCAUUGCUUCCUGCUGCGCAAUCUCAAUAAGAUCCGCCGUCAGAAGGAACGUGCAGCUACGAUGGUAUCGGUCGGAGGAGCUGGUGGUGGUGGUGGUGGUGCGGGAACGACUGCAACAGAUGGUGGUGCAGGAGCAACUUCGGGAGCCGAUCAAAACAGUUCUGGAAAGCCGUCACUUGCAUCUCAGAUUUCCGCAUUACGCUGUCCGCGCAAUAUUCGCACACGAGGACUCGCCUUCGUCGAGGAUGAUCCGGAGCUGGAGAAAACGGCACGCAUCGCAGUGGCACUGAAGGAUAUUUGCACCGAAAUUGCCACUUUGAAAGAUGAUAAAGGAACGCCGUACAUCAGUAAACUUCAAUUGCCGUCGAAGAAGAAAAUUCCGCUAUACUAUGAGCGUAUCCCGAAGCCGAUCGAUUUGGCACAGAUUGAGACAAACAUCGAGCAGGGUGUGUACCGUAUGCCGAAAGUGUUCGAAGAUGAGCUACUGAUCAUGCUCAGUAACGCGAUCAAAUACUUUGGUAUCAAUUCACCCGAAGGAGUAGCAUCGGAAGCGCUCAAAUCGCACUACUAUACCUGCAAACAGCAACAGGUGCCGAAGUUGCAGGCUUACAUCGGCGAAGAGAACGAACUUCUGCGAGGUUUCGUACCGAAGAAGGAACCCGAGGAGGACACAGGUGUACCGAAACCUAAACGUGGUCGUAGACAGGAGCAAACGGAGGACAUUAUACGGUGCAUCUGUGGACUCUUCAAGGACGAGGGUUUAAUGAUUCAGUGCUCGAAAUGUCUCGUCUGGCAGCAUAUCGAGUGCACCAAGGCAGACCCAGCGGUGGAGAACUAUCUGUGCGAAAAGUGCGAUCCGCGCGAUGUAAACUAUGAGAUUCCAUUGAAUGAAUUCACAGAAGAAGGUUACCAAUACUACAUCUCGCUUAUGCGCGGUAAGCUACAAAUUCGUCAGACGGAUACGGUGUACGUGCUGCGAGACAUACCGAUGUCACCGGACCCGGACAACCCGAGUGCACCGGUGCGGAAGCAUACGUACGAAACGAUUGGUAAGAUCGAGUACAGCGAGUGUGACAUCUUCCGUGUGGAGAGUCUCUGGAAGGAUAAGGAUGGCCGGCGGUUUGUGUAUGGCCAUCACUAUUUGCGGCCCCACGAAACGUAUCAUGAACCGACGCGUCGUUUCUAUCCGAACGAGGUGAUGCGGGUACCAUUGUAUGAGGUCAUUCCUAUCGAGCUGGUGGUCGAUCGGUGCUGGGUGCUCGAUCCGAUCACUUUCUGCAAAGGUCGCCCGGUCGAUAGUUCCGAACCGCACGUUUACAUUUGCGAGCUUCGCGUUGACAAGAGUGCGCGACUGUUUUCGAAGAUUUCCCGCCACUCACAUCCGGUUUGCAUGAAAUCGUACGCUUUCCACAAGUUUGAGCAAAAGCUUAAGAUAGCAAAAACAUUCGCUCCUCACGAUCUUGGUUCGCUGGCACAUUUGCUCUCGAUACGAGACAGACAGAAGAAAGGCUCGAAGAAGGAUGAUGGUAACGGUGGACAAUUGUCGACUGGGUCGGCCAGCGGAUCUUCCGGUUUCAGUGGUGCUGGAGGAACUCAUUCGAGUGGCUCGAAAAAGAUGACACCGAUCAUACAGCUGCUGCCACCACCGCCAAAGACUGGCUUGAGCACAGAACGAACCCUCGCGGUUCAGCCUUCGACGGUGGAGGCAAAGCCGAGAAGAUCAAAGACACUGGCAGAGAAACGGAACCGGCUGGAGCAGGUGUUGUCCCGCUUAAUGCAAAAGCUAGCGCUCAAUCCGAACGCGUUACCGGUGGUGGAUAUAUCGUACCUGUUGACGGGACGCGGUGCACGUCUCCGACGGACCAACAACGCGACACCGGUGCCGGUUAUUUGAGAGUGGGUUCGUAAGAGAAGAAAACGGCGUCGAAAAUGGAAACGAUGCUACGACUGAGCGCCCAAUAUCAGGGACUCAUAGUUUCUUCUCGCGGAUACUGCUUCAUAUACCAGGCAAAAUACCAAAACCUGAUGGCACAAUGCCUAUUGCAAACUGUUCUCUUUCACCAGAUAGUACGUCAGCGUUUUGGCGCGCAACAAGGGUGCAGCUUGGUGACCGUGUCACUGCAAGGUACUCCUUCGUUUACGAGCCAAACAAGAAAAAAAAUUUCCGCCAAAUUUCCGUCGUCUGUCGGUGAAAGAGAUAGUCUUGCUGGACGGAGGCUUAUAGACACAAGGAUAGCGCACUUGAACCCCACGACAAAACUACAACUUAUUGAAGUUAAUAGCCUUUUUAAACACUCCAAGUAUAUUUUCUAGUGGUGGUUCAUGUAUGUUCUCCUUUUGCAUCCCAACAAGGAUGCUACCGAAGUUAGAGAUUUUUUUCUAUACUCAUACACACACAUACGUACUACAUCUACACUUAUCUACACACAUCAAUACACGCAUAUACUCAUACAUGCAUCAACAAUACUUACACCGCCCCAUGCUGUACCUUUUUUGAUAGGCUUUUUUGUAUUUAUUUUUGUUAAACGCUUUCAUGGACAUGUUUGACCAUCGGAAUAAGGUUUGUUAGUAUUUUUUUUUGUUGUUGAAAGGUUGCCCCUUUUAACCGUGCUUAAAAAGGGUAAAAAGGGGAAGCAAAAGGAUCUCUCUUUUGUUGCUUUACUCCCCCAGGUUCGUACAGCCGUAUUGUUAUUUAUUUGUACGAAUUGGAACAAUUUUCUUGACACUGUAUGGUUUUCGUUAAUAUUGGUAUAACAAAUUUGUUGUAAUUAUUAUUAUUACGAUUCGUAUAAGCGUUUAGAAUUUGAAAUCAGUUUUAAUCAUACAUUGAACUAGAAUUGAAUACUUUUAUAACUGUACCUUUAACUUUCGUAGUGUAAACAGCAUGUGAGGAAUGAACAUAUGUUUGUGCCACUGAUAGGCAUGUAACAUAGAGAGAAUAGCGAACUAGAAUUUGGAAAAAUCUACGAACCCGAAGUGGAUGUUAAAACUGUAAAUAGGUAAUGCAAAAAGGGCCAUCAUCGAUGCCAAGGAUAUUUAAUGUAAAAAGAGAGAGAAAGGGAGACAGGGAGAGAAAUAAAAUGCGUUUGAAUUUGCCUACAGAACAGUUGUUGCUGAGACACGAAAAAAUCUCCUUUAAAAAAGCCUCCCCCCCCCCCCCCCCCCUCACUCUGUCAAAUCACCGAAUCGAAUGGACUGGAUAAUUAUUAGGUCAUAGGCAAUUAGGCUUUAGUGUGGUGUAAAAAGAAAUACAUCUAUUUUUCUGCCGCUCCAAAACACACAAUGCACCAACUUUUGUAGGAUAAGAUGCAAAACAUUAGUGUACACACAGACGCGCGCACUUGUGGAACAAUGAGGGAACAUUUGAAAUACAGUAAUACAAGUGGAUAUCAAUUUAAUAACUUAUUAAGAUCAGUGUUGAAACGCUAAGCAAGUCAACAAUGCAUAGUAAAGCACGCUUUACAUUGAAGAUUUCCCAAACACGACGUGCAUCCAACCUUGAGGUGUCGAUUAAUCCUACGCAAAAGGACUAACUUGUACAAUGCUUCAUGCUAAUUUAAAUGAAAGGUUUAAUAUGUGAGUGAGAGAGAGAGAAAGAGAGAGGCUUUCAUUUGCGAUGGGGAGUAGUAUAGAGGGAUUAAGGUAGAAAGUUAAAAAGAGGUGAGAAAAAACAGGAAACCGUGGUGCUAGACAGGAAAUUAAUUACACACACCCACAUUGCAGCAGCACUUAGACGCGCUCUAUUAUUCUCUGGAAAUAAAACAAACCCACAUUUUUGGAUCAUUUGUUCAGAAGU